GGGGUCACUGUGUCACCUAAUCAAUGAGUUCUCAGCGCUUACAGUGCGGACAACACCAGCAUUUAAUGUCCAUAUGCCCCGACCGACAGGUCAAAUUUCUAAGCACUUAUUCCAAGAAUACCUUGAAGCUUGUUGCAGUGUGCGGAAAUUCAACUGCCAGUCAACAAGACGGGGUUUUGACGAAAUCACCAGCAGCCGAGAUGUCGAACAGCCAAAAUGCAUAUAUUGGCAUGGAUGUCAACGUGGUCCCUAAGCCUGCAGCUAUUAUUGACAUAGCCAAAGUUCAGAAGCACUGCAGCUCCAUGCUAGAAGUUACAAAGGACUUGGGCGUAGGAUUUCGAGCACAUGUCAAAACACACAAGACGAAAGAAGUCACAGAACUACAACUCGGUGGCUCAACUGAAGAAGCCAAACUGGCCGUAUCGACCGUCGCAGAAAUAGAACAUUUACUGCCCCUGCUCGAACAAUAUCUCAGUCGUGGACGAAAGGUCAACGUUCUCUACGGCAUUCCUCUCCCACCAUCUCAAGUUCCCCGAAUUGCCCCAAUAGCUAAGAAGCUGGGUCCAGGAUCGCUCUCAUUCAUCAUUGAUCAUCCUUCUCAGCUUCCAGCUCUGUCAAAUUUCCAUGAACUGGCAGGAUUCCCGGCCGGAGUGUUCAUCAAGGUAGAUACAGGCUACCAUCGAGCCGGGCUUCCAGCUUCAUCUCUCAACAAAGGAGGUCUCGUCCAAGAGAUCCACCGCCUGGAAUCUGAUUGUCAGGUCUUAUUGAAGGGGGUGUAUUCGCAUUCAAGUCUCAGUUACCAAGGUGCCAGUCCGCGAGAAGCUUUGAACAGUCUGACGGGCGAGAUCGCUGGGUGCAUUCCUGCCCUCGAUGAGCUGCAGAAGUUCUAUACGUCUGGUCACGAUUUAACUAUCAGCGUUGGAGCUUCUCCACAGGCGAAUUCAAUGGGAAAUCUCUUGGAUAAGGAGCUGUCUGAGCCCGGUAUCGCAACCGAAUUGCAAGAUUAUCUGCGAAGCUUGUCCUCCGGAGAAAUUGGGGGAUUCAAAGUUUCGCUCGAGGUCCAUGCUGGCGUAUACUCAAUCAUGGACUUACAGCAGCUGGCUACCCGAGCUCGGGAAUCAUUCAAAGGACAUGAAGACGAGAUCGCGUUGUCAGUCGUUGCCGAAGUGGUCAGCGUGUACAAUGACGGCGAGAGGCAGCAGCCAGAAGUUCUCGUCGCUGUUGGGACUCUGGGACUGGGAUGGGAGCCCUGUCAUAAUUAUCGCGGCUGGGGAGUCGUCAGUUCUCGAAGCUCUCCCCAUUUAAUGGCUUCUGAGCGUCGUCUGAUUGUGGACAGAAUUAGUCAAGAACAUUCCAUCUUGGCCUGGGAGGUCGCAGAGGGGGAGAAUAAGAUGUCACUGCCUCCGAUCCCACUCGAGGUUGGCCAAAGUGUCUUCAUAUAUCCCAAUCAUGCUUGCGUGACAGGAGCUAUGUACAGGUCGUACUUUGUUAUAGACUCAGCAGAGACGGGUGCUGAGAAUUGGGUUCAGGCUGUCUGGGAUCGAGCCAUUGGAUGGUAGAACGACUUUGCUCUACUGGAACGAAAUUCCAUGAAGUGCGAUGACGAUAAGUUACCUGACCAUCGUGUCGUGAUUUUGGUGCUCGUUGCAAACGGAAAAGCAGUAAUGUAGACAACAUAUUUGCUAUUGACCCCCUUUUGACUCGCUUAAACUUUUGUAGAUCGGAUGAAGCGAGCCGGUGCCAUGAGGCAGGGCACAGCGAAGAGCAGGAAAUGUGUCUUGAAGCUAAAGUACAAAUUGCUUAACUCUCUAAGCAAAAGAAAGGGGGUUGAUGAGUAUGAGUAGAAUCUGCUGGCAUGUAACUUAAUCUUCGUUGGGAAUGCUGCCCAACCCAACCCCAAGAAACAUCCCGGAUGUGGCAGGCCUAUCCUGGCUAAGCGAAAAGAAGGGGCAAGAGGAGUGGGAAAAUCCCAUUUCCACAUGCUGGCAGAUCGUGAUAACAACAUGCAGAUGUCAAUGCGAAAGCUGGUCAUAGCGAGGCAAAUUCCUGUACUUGUUCGGCUUUCAAGUGUUGCUCAGGUCAUGAGCAGCAUGACCGAACUGCCAGCCAUGACCAAACGAGCCGCACCACUUUUCUGGGCGAGAGAAGAUCGUUACUACUAACCUCGUUGUCCAUCCUAAUUAUCAUUUCUAUUACAAGAAAUAAUUCUCAA